AUGGGCAUCUUGGCGUUUGAGGUGGCGGGGCUGAUGCACCGGGUCCUGGAUCUCUGGAGCCAAUUGGAGCCCGGACACGUGGCAGAGCUGAGGCAGCAGCUGCAGAGUGAGAACCUGGAGCGACUGGGAGUGGGGGAUUUCACCUUCCGGUGGCGCAUGGCAGGCCUAGAGUAUUACAACGAGCUGCUACUGCUGACAGCUGGCGUGGCAGCAAUGGCUCGGCAAAGUGGGGGGGCGGUGGGGGGGCAGGUGCAGCAGGUGCUGAGAGCGCAUGCGAGGAGGAAGGAGAAGAGGGAGAAGGCCGUGGGGAAGGCAGAGGCGGAUGAAGUUAUGAGGUUCCUGCGAGACCAUCUGGGGCCAACGGGCAUUCUGAAGCGAGAGAUGGAGGCACUUGAUGAAGCUGUUGCCAGCACGUCAUCUGACGGCGAUGCAUACUCGUUUGAGGACAAGCAGCCCACGCAGUCGUACCCUGAGGAGUACUUUGUCACCCAGGGGCAGAAGGUGCAGCAGCUGCAGCGGAGCUCCCUGUGGUCGCACAGCCUUGAGAGAAUGGCCAAGACCCUGGCGGUGGCGGUCGGCAUUCUUUGGCAGCAUCUGAGGGAGGUGUAUGGGUGGCCGGAUCCCAUAGGGCCAGACGACCUGGAGGGCACGGUGGGGCAGGCGGGACUGCCCAUGCUGUACGCGCGCGUGCUGGCUGCUGUCAGUCAAUUAGCUGUCACCAUGCCCGGGACACCUGCCUUCACCGACAAGAGAAAGGACCUCUAUCUCAUGCUCCCCACCUUCAUUCGCCACCAGCUGCACUCCCGCCUGCGCGUCUCCCGGCGGCGUCCCCUGGACGAGGUGUUGCUGGGGGAGCUGCGCCAGCUGGCAGCGCAGAUGUUCUGCUGGCUCAUGCCCUUCAGCCAGGCCACGCUGCAGUGGGUCAAUGACAGGUCUCACAGCGCCAGGGUGGCGGGGCGGCAGAGAGUGCUUCUGGUGCAGACCCUCCAUUUUGCCAACAAGGAUCGGUUCGAGGCCAUUCUAAUCGAGCUCCUCUCCUCGCUCUCUCUCGUCAUCGCAGCAUCCACACCCCCUCCUCCUCCCCCUCCCAUCCGCGCCCGCCCCUCCAAGCCUCCCUCCCUCGGCCGAGCCUCCAGCACCUCGCAGGCCCCUUCCCGAGCCAAGGCAUUUGGUUUGGGAUCGACAGCUUCGUACUCCAGCCGUCGCCGUAGCUCCCCUGCUCCUGUAUCGUCCGGCUCUCCCCUCGAUAACUUCGACCCGGAAGCAGCACUGGCAGAGGGAGCAGCAGAAGCAGCAGCGGCAGCGGCGGCAGCAGCAGCAGGAGAAGGAGGAAGGUCCAUGCCCUCUCGCAUCGCAAUGCCUCGUGCUGCCUCCGUUGCUGAAGUGCUUGACGCUCCCACUUCCUCCAUCUCCCCUCCUCCCUCCGCUGCUACCCUUGCUGCUGCAUCAUCUGACUCCUCUCACGUGACAGCAGCAGCAGCAGUCAGCACAUCAGCAACAGGGCAGCAGAAGAAGCAUAUGACUGCUUCUCUUGCUGCUGCUUCCGCUGCUACUCCCGCUGCUCCCUCUGCUGCCGCUGCUGCUGCAGGCAGUCCAGGUGACGACCACGCUGCCUUCCUGUCAGCCCUCCCGCGUCGCAGGCAAACCCACGCCGACAUUGCCGCAGCUGCCAUUGCAGCCGUCGACGCUGCAGCUGCUGGAUCAGCUGGUGCCUCCUCCACUCCGCCCAAGCCCACAGCAGCAGGCAAGCCCCCCGCGCGCAGGCGGGGGCGGCACUCGCGCUCUCUCUCCAUGUCCGAUAUCAUGCCUGCUCCCUCUUCCCUCGCAUGGCUUGUCGAUGACUCUGCAGCUGCUGGCAACGGUGCAGCAGGAGGAGCAGGAGCAGGAGGGAGGGGGAUGGGAGGAGGGGCGGACAGUCUGCCCAAGUUCCUGGAGGAGCUGGCGCAGCAUGGGUUUGUGGUGUCGGCGUUUGACCGCAGCGAAGGCCGUGUGCUGCACCAAGCAGCGCCGCUCUCCACCGCUCUCGCCGCUCCCGCACACCCCUCCUCCUCGCUCUUCCACAACCCUCCUGGCCGUUUGUUCGCUCCGGAAUCGGCUAUAGAUGGGCAGAGUAGAGGCAGCGGACGGGAGGGUGGAGGGAAGGAGGGUAGGAAUGACAAGGACAUGUCGCCUCUUGACCGGCUGUUGGCUCGCAUGCCGCCGCCCCGGCGGUUACAAAGAUCAACCACCCCGCCUGGUAACCGCAUCGAAAGAGCCAUGUCACCAAAGCCGGAUAGGCGCCGGGAGAGGGGGGGUGAUGUGGCUGUCAAGGAGGGAACUGUGGCGAAUGGGACUGGUGUGGAUGGUGUAGGGAGUGGCAGGAGUGGCAGCAGCAGGUUUAGCACCAGCAGCAGUGUUGCUAUGGAGAGUGGUAGUCGUGGUAAUAGCAGUGGUGGUGGUGGGAUUUGUGGGAGUGCCAAGGAGGGUGCAGGGGGGGUGUGCGACAGGAGUGGCAGUGAGUAUGGCACUGGGAAUGGGGUUGCGAGUGAAGAUACCCUUAAUGGGAAAAAAGGGGGUGAGUCAACUCAGUCGUGUGAGUCAACUCCAAAAAACGACAAGUUUGACAACCCACUGCCCCCACAGGAUGCCUUGGCUGUCGGCUGA